UAAAGGCUCUGCCAAAGUAGCAUUCAUUAGGCAAAGCAAAUAGAUUGCAUUCUGCUUGACAAUAAAAUAAACAAUGUAUGAAUGAAGAUGUUGCCGCUGUUUGUCACAUGCUGCCUGUGCUCCUCUGCCUUAGUGAUUAAUGAAACCAAAGAUUUGUCUUAUUAGCUUAACUUUGAUGUUAAUCCUAAAAUAAGCUCUGUUCAGGAUGGAUUUAGCCAUUGGAGCUUUUCGUAGGAUAAGCCAGUACAGAGCCCGAAGGAACCGGUUUUAUAGUGUGAGUGAGGAAACUGAAGACGGUGAUCAUUCUCAAACUAUCACCACUCUUUCAGCAGCAGCAACAACACCUAGCAAAGCCUACGACCCUGUCAGCACCUUUUCUACACCACCAUCUGUCCAUCAGCUGCAGACUGUCAGCACCCUUUCAGGUCAGACAAUCAGCACCCCUCCAGGAGCUGAAGCAGGGGAACCAUCCUGCAAAAUGGACGGACUGCAUCCACCAGCGCACAACGCUAUCCCACUAAGCUCUUCGCAGGUUGAGUACCGAGAGACUACCGAAGCUACACGUGAAGCAUCCUUCAUCCAGAAUGAAGAGUACGUCUCUGUGCCACGACAUUUGGCAGCAGUCCACUUAAGUAGGCUUAAAGGGGGAUUCGAUCCUUUAGCCUACAUACGUGAAGAAGAUGGCCCGGUUGUGAACAAUUAUUUUGAUGGAAACCCAGCGAACACAAAGAAUGGCUUGUAUUUCAGUGAUGGCAAGAGAAAAGUGGACUAUGUUUUGUGUUACCAUCACCACCAUCACCAUCAUCACCACCUCCGACUUCGCCACUCCCCACACAGUACUCCGCCUUCCCAAGGACCUGCUGUAAUUUCCAAUGGCAACACUAUCAAUCCUGAGGGGAUCAAAAUUGCAGAACAGUCUAUACCUGGGACUCACCAAGAGGUAGCUGUAGAUAUUGGCUCUCACGAUCCACACGAGGAACAGAGGAGGAGUCGGAGGGAGGAGUUUGAGAAGAACCUCUUAGAAACUGGGCUUGAGCUUGAAAGGGACAAGGAGGUACAAGGCCAUGGAGUUAUCUUUAUUAGGGUGCAUGCACCUUGGCAUGUCCUCAGUAGAGAAGCUGAAUUCUUGAAAAUUAAGGUGCCUACAAAAAAGGUGUAUGAAGUUAAAGAAGAAAGCUCUUUUCUUACAAAACUGCUUUCAGUCUGGUACAAGUUCACAAAUAUUCUACAGCCUGAUGUGCCACAUUUAGACAGAAACACAAAGACCAAAAACCUGUCAUACCCUUUUUCAAGAGAAAAGAUGCAUAUGUACAACAUUACAGACAAGGACACAUUCUUUGACAAUGCCACACGCAGUCGAAUAGUGUAUGAAAUUUUAAAGCGCACAUCCUGUAGCAAGGCCAAAUACGGCAUGGGUAUUACUACAUUAAUAGCAAACGGUGUCUAUGAAGCGGCAUAUCCUGUUCAUGAUGGGGAUUAUGACAACAGUGAGACAGAAAUGAAUGACCGAAAGCUUUUGUAUCGAGAGUGGGCAAGAUACAGUGUUUUCUAUAAAUAUCAGCCAGUUAAUCUUAUCAGAAAAUAUUUUGGAGAAAAAAUUGGCCUGUAUUUUGCCUGGCUUGGUGUAUACACCGAACUCCUUAUCCCUGCAUCACUGAUUGGAAUUAUAGUGUUUCUUUAUGGUUGUUUAACAGUUGACACUGACAUUCCAAGUAAUGAGAUGUGUGACCAAGGGAAUAACUUCACCAUGUGCCCACUCUGUGAUCGAUUUUGUGACUACUGGAAGCUUGGUUCUGCUUGUGCCACAGCCCGUGCUAGCCACCUGUUUGACAACCCUGCCACUGUCUUCUUCUCAGUUUUCAUGGCAUUAUGGGCCACAAUGUUUCUUGAACACUGGAAAAGAAGGCAGAUGAGACUGAGUUAUUAUUGGGAUCUGACUGGUUUAGAAGAGGAAGAGGAACAUCCCAGGCCAGAAUAUGAAACAAAGUUAUUACAGAAGAAACUCAAGAAAGAAAAGCAGAAAAAAAAGAAAAAUGAGCAGGAAAAGGAAGAAGAUAAUACGGAUGUGACCAAGAAUAAGUGGAAAGACAAGGUGUUGUCUGCAAUGGGCGGUGUACACCUGACAGAAAAGGAAAAACUAACAUGGAGGGACCGAAUUCCUGGUUACUUGAUUAACUGCACAGCCAUUCUAUUUAUGAUCACAUUAACAUUUGCUGCAGUUUUUGGAGUCAUUAUUUACCGGAUCAUCACAGCAGCCACUCUGGCUGCCAGCCAAGAUGACACCACCAGAGCAAAUGCCCGUGUCACUGUGACUGCCACAGCUGUCAUCAUAAACCUGAUUGUGAUACUUAUACUGGAUGAGAUCUAUGGUUCUGUGGCCAAGUGGCUGACUGAUAUUGAGGUACCAAAAACAGACAAGACUUAUGAAGAUCGACUAAUUUUGAAGGCCUUUCUUCUGAAAUUUGUAAACUCUUAUGCACCAAUUUUCUACGUUGCUUUUUUCAAAGGAAGGUUUGUUGGAAAACCAGGAAAUUAUGUGUAUGUAUUCAAUGGCCAUAGAAUGGAAGAGUGUGCCCCAGGAGGGUGUCUCAUGGAGCUUUGUAUUCAGCUAAGUAUCAUUAUGCUGGGGAAGCAACUCAUCCAAAACAAUCUGUUUGAAAUUGGGAUCCCGAAGCUCAAGAAAUUGUAUAGAAGGCUGAAAGAAGGUCGACCCAAAUCUGCAGAAAACAGUUCUUGUCAUUCUCGACAGCCCCAGAGGUGGGAUCUUGACUACAGCCUGGAGCCUUUCACGGGUCUUACACCCGAAUAUAUGGAAAUGAUUAUCCAGUUUGGUUUUGUCACCCUGUUUGUUGCAUCUUUUCCUUUGGCACCACUGUUUGCACUUUUGAAUAAUAUCAUAGAAAUUCGACUCGAUGCAAAGAAGUUUGUCACAGAAUUAAGAAGGCCGGAUGCAGUUAGAGCUAAAGACAUAGGAAUUUGGUAUAACAUAUUGAGUGGCAUGGGGAAGUUUUCUGUGAUUAUAAAUGCAUUUGUCAUUUCAGUCACCUCUGACUUCAUCCCUCGCCUUGUCUAUCAGUACAAUGAGAAUAGAACUAUGCAUGGCUUCAUCAACCAUACACUCUCAUACUUCAAUGUCAGUGAAUUUGAAUCGGGGACACAACCUGGGAACAAUAGUGAGAAGGUUGAGUUCUGCAGGUACAAAGAUUACCGUGAACCACCUUGGUCCCAAAACCGUUAUGAAUUUACAAAACAGUACUGGGCAAUCUUAGCAGCUCGACUUGCCUUUGUUAUUGUCUUUCAGAAUCUGGUGAUGUUUCUCAGUGAAGCAGUUGACUGGAUGAUUCCUGAUAUUCCAAAGGACAUAAGUGAGCAAAUCAAGAAAGAAAAGACUGUAUUAGUGGAUGUCUUCAUGAAAGAGGAGCAUGAAAAGCUGCAGCUCAUUGAGAAUUUUAUUUUGCAGGACAGACAACGGCGCAAGACAGAGAAUCGAGGUAGAAGGAGUAGGGCUGCCAGCUUUUGCCAAUUUGGCAGAACCCAGAAGGACAAUGCAGCCUCUGGAAGCAACCACCACACUGAUGUCUGAAUGCUUUGCUGCAUCAUAGUGGAGAUAAAUGCAAAUGAUUUGAUGGCACGGCAGUGCAACCAAAUCACCAUAAGUGGUCAACUGCAGCUGUGUAUGCUGCUCCAAAAGGGUAGGCUUCUGAAGAGACUACAAAGCUACAAUGUUAUAAAAAAAUUAGUUGGUGAAAAAAUAUAUAUGUAAGUUUAUGUAAAACAAAUAACCAAUGUGCACACAUGUCAACACUGACAGUAAACAAAGUAGCAUAGCGACUUGCUAUCAGAACUCCUGCCUUUGCAACAUGGCUUUUUGUUUAUGGUUACUGCUGUUUCACUUGUUGGGUGUCAGUUAAAACAACCCAACUGUUAGGUGCUAAAUGCAUUGUUUUGCCUCAGGUCUGUGCAAGAGCAUAAAAUCAGGUUGAGAGAGAAAAUGUGAAUAAUGGGGCAGUUUAAUGAGAAACUGGGUUCAGGCAUUCAGUAGUAUUUGCUUUCCUGGUUUCCCACACUUUUCAAUGUUUUGAGCUUUCCGGGUGUCUUUUUAGUCGGUAAACAAUCUCUAAAAAAUCAGAGAUUUGUAAAAUUACAACUCACAGAAUUAAUAAGGGCUCAAAAGCUUAACAAUAUAUCUAGAAUUAGCAGAAUUCAAUCUUUCCUUUCACAACCAAGUUAAUGUCUUUGUUGCAUACUAUUUUCUAUUUUAUUAAAAUAAAUGCUAAAUGAUGUGCUGCUCAAGGAAUAUUUUAUUACAAAAGGUAUUGUACUGUUAAGGGAUAAAAACAGUUAAGCAAUAAUCAGGGUACCAAAUUCUGUGACAGAGAUAUUGCACCCCAAGGCUGAUUUUUA